GCAAGUUUUGUGGAAUCUCGAAAACCGAGCUGAUCACCAUUUGCAAUGUCUGUGUACGAGAAUAAAUCUACACAGAGAAAAGGAAAUAAUAAGAAGAAGGCUCAAGCUCAUCAGAACUCAACUGCAUGGAAGCCUAACAAGAACUCGAAGAAAACGAGAAUUAUCAACGCUCUCCCAGUUUAUGGACUUUGCGAUAGAUGCACCGAAGUCAUUCUGUGGCGAAAGAAGUACAAGAAGUAUAAGCCAUUGACAGCACCAAAGAAGUGUACCAGCUGUCAGCAAAAGUCAAUCAAAGAAGCUUACCACGUUUUGUGCGAUGACUGUGCCUGCAAGAGAAAGGUUUGCGCCAAGUGUUUAGAGAGUAAAGAGAUUGUUACAAGCAAAUCGGAUAUCAAAACGGACAAGGAUCUACAGAGAGAAGGACAGGAACUUGAGCGGUUAUUGAACAGAAUGACCCUUAGACAACGUAGAUCAUACCUUCGGAAAUUGGAGCGUGGCGAUGAUUUGUCACAUAUCAAAGCUGAAGACUUCGACAACGAUGACUUCGAUUUGGGUAGCGAUUUUGAUGACUUCAGUGAUGAUGAUGAAGACGAUGAAGAAGAAGAUGAUGAUGAAGAAGAAGAAGACGAAAUCAAGAAAUGAACAAGUACAUGCGAUAGCACAUCCAUUCACCAACUUUACUUUAGAGUUGUCGGAACAAAGGGAGCCUAUGGAUGCAGACUUACCACCCCACAACUUCUUUCACCAUCUUUUUGCAAUGCCAUCAUUAUACUCUUUCCCAUCUGUCUUCACAUUUGUACAGUAGCAUUUCCACGAUGUAAGGAUACCUGGCAUUGGCCCGGCCGCUAAUUUUGGGUUUAUUUAGAAU